AUGGCUUCAAGACGAGCAGUGAGCUCAUUACAGCCGCUUUGUGCACGCGCAACAUCACAGAACACGACAACGACUGUGGCACGCAGUGGUCCCAUCUGUCUACAGAGGUCGCUUCACAAUGCAGUCCCCAAUAGCAAUAGAACCUCGUCCAGGUCCCGCGCUCUCACAACAUACGCCCCAUCACAGCCUCCAGUCUCGGCCCUGAAUUUCUGGCAAUCUACCACAUUCAACACACCCCUUCUCAGGAUACCAAUACCCGACAUGGUGCCAGCUCCACUAUCAUUCCCCAUAACGAACCUCGUGUCAGACCUUCCAAGGCUGCGGACCACCGUCCGCUUCCAGUACUUCCCGGAAUGCGAGUAUCUUGUCCGCCGUUGUGUACCGAACGCUGCACGUGCUGUUGCAUAUGACUGGCGGCAGUCCACCUUAAGGCCUUCGUGGUCGUCAGAAGGCAACGCUGCUGGAGCGCAUUUGCUACAAAGCAUCCUGGGCGCCGAAGAAGCGAUGGAAUGGAUUGGUCGGCGAUGGGGCGUUGUGAGGGUGUUACGGAUCCUGGACGCGCAAGGCGGUAGCCAUGUGAGGCUGUCGAUCGAAAGCAACGGAUCGGACUGGAUUGAGCAGCAGUCGGAGAGUGGAUUUGCAGGUUCAAGUCGAGUGCUGCUUGAUGUGCGCGUUCUGACGCUCUUCGAUGCGUCGGCUCAAGCCGGCGAUCUGGAUCUUUCCUUUGUGUGCGCCUGA